CAUGGCCUUAUCUGUAGGAUUUGUGCUGGCCUUGACCAUGAUCUUGCUACGGAAUGUUUGGGGGUACCUGUACAGCAAUAAGCAGCCAAUUAAGAAGAGAAAAGAGGGAGGAGAAAAAUGUACGACAUAAGAAGAGAUGACUUCAAAAGCAGUGUGAACAGGCGAGGCGAUAUGGCCACCUUCGAGCUCUACAGGCGGUCCACCAUCGGCAUUUGCCUCACCGAGACGCUCGACGAGAUGGUCUCCAGCGGCACCCUCAGCCCCGAGCUCACCAUCCAAGUGCUCGUCCAGUUCGACAAGUCUAUGACGGAGGCGCUGGAAAACCAAGUGAAGAGCAAGGUUACUGUCAAGGGAGCGGGCUAGGUGGUAUCCUGGCGUGUUGCUGGUCCCCAGUGAGCUGACUAAACCCUAUUCUCUCCUAUCAAUUCUGUUACCUCCCUCUGUGCGCCGCCCGGGUGUCAUGGGUCAACCAAGCCAAGGCUUGCUGGAGGCCCAAACCUCUCCCUAUCAUUCAUGGUGAAUGGUGAGUAUUGCAUCAUUGCCUGUUCAAGCAUUAACAAGUACAAUCAAUGAGGAAAAUCUACCGGAUCUGAAGUACCAAUUCGGUACAAUUGAUGUUGAUAAAGGUGGACCAAUUACUGCAUUGAAGAAAUGCAGCAGUGGCCCUUGCGAAGGAUCUUCACAUUAAAGGCUCCUCAUGUUCUCAAGAUUAUUCAGGUUGUUAAUUUAUUAGGCCAGGAUACUGAGUAUACAUAUUGUGUUCAUCUCGCCUUCCUUCUUAGGAAAAUCAUGUACUCAAGGUUUAUUCGCCAUUAAAUUUCUACGAAGGGACUUGUCAAUCCACCUUACACCCGUACUAAAAUAGAGUGUUUCUAGAGAGUAGAAACAUUGCAUGCAGAAAUCUUCAAGAAAGAGGUGAUUGAAGUGGUAAUCGAUGAAAUGCCUGCUGGUGAAGCUAUCAUGGAUCCAACUCACGACCUAAUUGGCCACAAAGACCAAAGUCUCGGAUUCCUGGAGCAACAAAUGUAGUGUUGUCAGUCUCUGAAGAUGUGAAUCCGUCUGCUCCUAGACUACAACAAAGGGAUGAUUGGGAUACUGAAAGUCAGUAUACAGAGGCUUAGUGGAGUCAGACAGUCAGUCACCAACAUCUUCAUUGUUUAAACAGCAACAUCAAGUGGCGCCAAAACAUGUGAGUUACUUUCAUCUUUGGCAUAACCAACCUUAUUGGUGGACUUCCUCUGAUUUUUCACAAUGUAAAGAACUUCUCUCCUGGCUGAAUUUUCAAAAUAUUUUAGUGACCAUUACAGAAAACUGGUAUCCAAAACUCCAAAAACUAACAUGUCAUUUUCUUGUGGAUAACAUAUCACUGAUUUGCGAGACAACCGAGUCAUGAAUGAUGACAAAUGAGAAGUUCGACCACUACUCACUCAAGCUUGGAGGUGGUCGAAAGCCAGGCUCUACAUGGUCCUAGCACCGCUCUCAUGCAUGGUGUUCAGGCUACUUCCACCAGUGCUCUGUGGGUUGUAGUUCCGUGAGAGCUAUGACAGGGAGAACGAGAUGAUGGACGUCGCCGGUGCUUCGCUCGCCUGCAUCGCUCUGCUAGCGCUCGGGAAGGUUAUGGCCACACAAGAGCCAUGACAUACUUCAAGACUCAUUUACUACCUUACCAUCGUCAUGAGCUUGUCCGGGAUGUCGUGCGUCGCUGGUGUACUGAUCAUGAGGCUUCUCGGACACUUUGGCACCAUUGAUCAAGGUUGUGCAACGGCUCCUCAUGCUUCUCUAGCUGUUCUCUCAUUUAGGUGAUGCACAUAUGACUGCCUAGGCCUCAUUCUGAAGUCUUAAGUUCCUCGGAGCAUUGAUGGUAUAAAAAGAAAAGACAUGGUUGAGUUCAAGAGAAAGUGCAAAAAGUGCAUGAAGAAACAUCUGAAUCUUUUUUGAGUUGCUACCUGCUGUUUUGUUAUACUUCUGGUGUACAUUUUAAGUUACUAUCAUUUCAUGUCAAAAUGUGUGAUCUUGGUCACUCAAGUCCGUCUGUAUGGUGGAAUAUUACUAUCAGGUAUUUUAUAGCAAGAAAAACAACAAGAUCAGUCUUUCCUUCA